CCCUCGUUUGCUCCAUGCCCAAGAGCUGCCGGCGAGGAGAGACAUGGAAGACACCGGCACUCAGUGCGCCCCGCCGCCGCCCGCGGGCUCCCAGACCGGGGUUUCUCAAGCCAAUCUCUCUUCUGCUCCCCACAACUGCAGCACCGAGGGCUACAUUUACCAGGACUCCAUCGCCCUGCCCUGGAAAGUACUACUGGUCAUGCUGCUGGCACUCAUCACUUUGGCCACCACGCUCUCCAAUGCUUUUGUGAUCGCCACUGUGUACCGGACCCGGAAGCUGCAUACCCCAGCCAACUACCUGAUCGCCUCCCUGGCGGUCACCGACCUGCUCGUAUCCAUCCUGGUGAUGCCCAUCAGCACCAUGUACACGGUUACCGGCCGCUGGACGCUGGGCCAGGUGGUCUGUGACUUCUGGCUGUCGUCGGACAUCACCUGUUGCACCGCUUCCAUCCUGCACCUCUGUGUCAUCGCCCUGGACCGCUACUGGGCCAUCACGGACGCCGUGGAGUACUCAGCUAAAAGGACUCCCAAGAGGGCCGCGGUCAUGAUCGCGCUGGUGUGGGUCUUCUCUAUCUCCAUCUCGCUGCCGCCCUUCUUCUGGCGUCAAGCCAAAGCCGAGGAGGAGGUGUCGGACUGCGUGGUGAACACCGACCACAUCCUCUAUACGGUUUACUCCACGGUGGGCGCUUUCUACUUUCCCACCCUGCUCCUCAUCGCCCUCUACGGCCGCAUCUAUGUGGAAGCCCGCUCCCGGAUUUUGAAACAGACGCCCAACAGGACCGGCAAGCGCCUGACCCGAGCCCAGCUGAUAACCGAUUCCCCCGGGUCCACGUCCUCGGUCACCUCUGUUAACUCGCGGGCUCCCGAUGUGCCCAGCGAAUCCGGGUCCCCUGUGUACGUGAACCAAGUCAAAGUGCGAGUCUCCGACGCCCUGCUAGAGAAGAAGAAACUCAUGGCCGCUAGGGAGCGCAAAGCCACUAAGACCCUGGGGAUCAUUUUGGGAGCCUUUAUUGUGUGUUGGCUGCCCUUCUUCAUCAUCUCCCUGGUGAUGCCUAUUUGCAAGGAUGCUUGCUGGUUCCACCUGGCCAUUUUUGACUUCUUCACGUGGCUGGGCUAUCUCAACUCCCUUAUCAACCCCAUCAUCUAUACCAUGUCCAAUGAGGACUUCAAACAAGCAUUCCAUAAACUGAUAUGCUUUAAGUGCACAGGUUGAAUUGUCAGUUGCAAUGGGGUAGCCU